UCAUUGAUGUGUACGGUGUAGUGUACUUCACACGAAUUGGCGUGAAAUGAAACUAAGAGCCAAUGUAUGGAUAAUUACACAUUAAUUCAUUGGGAUUAACAUGCAGUUCAAUUGUGGAUAAACAGAACAAUUUGUCUUAAUGUAGAAAAUGAAGAGGAAUUACGCUGUAGCUUUAAAAUUCCCUUUUGUUUCGCCGGAAUUUUUGGUGACAUUGUUUUGUUUACAAAUCUACACAGCACAUGGUUUGGAUCUGACACAAUGUCGGAAUUCCCUUGGAAUGCAGUCAGGUGACAUCCACGAUGGAGCGAUUACUGCCAGUUCAUCUUUCAACGACGACAGUGUUGGACCAAAAAAUGCAAGAAUCCGAACUGAAACAAACGGCGGAGCGUGGUGUCCGAAGAGUGUUAUCAAUCGGGACACAUACGAGUAUCUGCAGAUUGACCUUGGACGCCUCACAGUCAUCACCAUGGUUGAAAUACAGGGCAGAUUCGGCAAUGGUCAGGGUCAAGAGUUUACAGAGGAGUUUUUGCUCGAGUACCAGCGCGAAGAUGGCGGAGAAUGGAUGAGGUUCCGCAACAAACGGGGAGAGGAGCGUUUUGAGGGGAACGAUAACACCUACUCAGCAGAAUUGCGCCAAGUAUCGCCGCCCAUCAUUGGAAAACGUUUGCGGUUUAUACCAUAUUGCCGUAAUCCACGCACAGUUUGUCUCCGAGUGGAACUGUAUGGCUGCACAUGGCAAGAUGGUAUUGUGUCAUAUUCAAUGAGACAGGGAGACAAAAGAGGGGCUGAAGUGGACUUCUUUGAUUUCACAUAUGAUGGUAUAAUUAGCCAGAACUACCUUCACGAUGGUCUCGGACAGCUGACCGAUGGAGAGGAGGGGGACACAAACUUUCGUCUUGACCCUCAGGAUCUUGGGAUUAAAGGAUACGAGUGGGUCGGCUGGAAAAAUGAUACAUUGAUUGAUCCGGGUCCGGUUGAAAUUUUGUUUAAAUUCGAUAAUGUUCGACACUUUUCAUCAGUGAUGCUUUAUUGUAAUAAUUAUUUUUCAAAAGACAACCGAGUGUUCAAAACGGCCGUUAUUCAUUACAGUAUUGGAGGGAAAUACUUCAAGCAGAAAAAAGACAAAUUUUACUUUAUACGUGACACUGUGGUGGAAUAUGCACGAAAUGUUUAUAUUAAAUUGGAUAAUAUAAUUGCACGAUAUAUAAAAUUGGAACUUUAUUUUGACGCCAAAUGGAUUUUAAUUAGUGAAGUGCAGUUUGAAUCAAAACCUGCUAGCGGAAACUUUAGUGCCGAGUUACCUCCCCCGACAACUGUUUCCACGACAACAGCUAAACAAGAUGAUAGUGAUAAUAAUGAUCCUGAAAUGGAGGUCGAUCCAAAUGCUGGCGGACCUAUAAUAGAUCUAGGUACAGAUCAUGACCAUGAUGGGUAUGUACCAGUGGAUGUUGGCAGAAAUGAUAAAGACGACGAUAUACACAAAACCGAGGAGAAGAAAUCAUUUGAAGAGCAAUAUAUCGGCAUUAUAAUUGGAGCCCUGGCUUUCCUAAUAGUAGUUUUAUUCGCAAUAGUACUUUUUAUUGUCAUUCGACAUAAGAAGCGAAAACACAAUAAUAACAGACUUGGGAUGAAACCCGUCGUCGAUCAUGUGACGAUGAAUAUGAAUCACAUCAACACGUUUCAUCCGACGCUGACGGGGAAAAUGUCAAACGGCACUAUGUACAAGGGAGUUCCGGUUGAGGAUAUGGACGACCAUCAUAUUUGCAAUGGUGGGGAUAAAAUUUUAAAGGGAUAUUCUGAACCAAAAGACUCAAUUCAGGGUCGUAAUCUGCCCGAUCUUCCAUCUAGUUCUGAAAUGCAAGAUUCAAGAGACUAUGCUGUACCAGAUGUAACGAAGUCAGCCCUGAAAGUGGCGUUACCCCCGAUAUACCCUCCUCAGCCACCGGUACGGGUCCAGCCCUUGAACCAGUUGGAUCUUCCACCACCUACAUAUGAUGCCCUGUAUGCCGCAGCCGAUGUUGUUAAUUCACAGGGUCUAAACAUUCCAAAUCUACAGGGUGCUACUGGUAGCAGUGUUUAUUCGAUACCCAAUGCGGAGUUGUUGUUGAGUAUAGAUUUGGCGGUUGUCGAGUUUCCGAGAGAAAAUCUACGUUUUGUUGAAGUUCUUGGUGAAGGACAGUUUGGAGAGGUACAUCUAUGUGAGGCAAUGGGCAUUGCUGAGUAUUUGCCAGACGGCUACGUUAUAAGGACAAACAUUAAUCGCCCUGUGCUUGUUGCCGUGAAAAUGUUACGUAAAGAAGCUGAUGACAGAUCUAGAUCUGAUUUCCAGAAAGAGAUCAAGAUAAUGUCUCAGCUUAAGGAUCCGAACAUUGUACGGGUAUUGGGCGUGUGUAUUAAGGAGGAGCCACUCUGUAUGAUCGUAGAGUACAUGAAGUAUGGGGACCUUAACCAGUUCUUGCUGGAUCACGUCCCAGAGUCUCCAAUGGCAGAGGCUGCCAAUGCUAAAACAUUAAGUUAUGGUUGUCUGAUCUACAUGGCAUCGCAGGUCGCAUCAGGAAUGAAAUAUCUGGAAUCCCUGAACAUGGUGCAUCGUGAUCUGGCCACACGAAACUGUCUAGUCGGUACCAAUUUCACCAUCAAGAUUUCUGACUUUGGUAUGAGUCGGAGCUUGUACAGUGCAGACUAUUACAGAAUAGAGGGACGGGCUGUGUUACCCAUAAGAUGGAUGGCCUGGGAAUCUAUUCUACUGGGUAAAUUUACAACCAAGAGUGAUGUUUGGUCAUUAGGUGUGACGUUAUGGGAGAUACUGACUUUUGCACGGGAUCAGCCAUACGAUACAAUGAAUGACGAACAAGUGAUCGAAAAUGCGGGACAUUAUUAUCGGAAUGAUAACAAACAAUUGUACUUGCCUCAGCCGACUAACUGCCCAAAGGAAAUAUUCGAUCUGAUGUUGGAAUGUUGGAAUCGUGCAGAGAGCGAGCGACCCAGUUUCAGAGAAAUCCAAAUGUUUUUACAGCGUAAAAAUAUGGGAUAUAAUCCCAAAGAUGAGAAGAUGAACCAGAUCAAGGUUCCUAUUUGCUGACUAUCCGAAGACGCUGCAAACGUUGUUGGACAUAUGUCACCAGAAAAUGUGGCAGCCAUCUUGGAUUGUCUUAAAGAGUCUGGCAACACAGAGAACUCUCUAAUUAAUAUGCCAGCUCUACUGGAACUGAAAAGACGAAGUUUAAAAAUUGACAAUUGAAGUAACUUCAUUUUGUUUCAGUGAUGGUUGGUAUACCCACAUUGCUUGCCAUUACAAAAAACACAUAUUCAAGUGAAAUCUAUAAAUGGCAUAUAUGACAUAUAGCUCACUAGAGCAUCAUGGGAGAUGUGUAGAGAGAGAUGUGAAAAGAAAUGUGUAAAGAAGUGCUUCAGUGCAGUGAUAGUAAAGAGAAAAUUAUGAUCAAUAACAGUGACAUGUAGAUAAUAGAUCUUUGACUCAUUUAAUGGAGGAUUUUUUACAGGAAUUGAUCAAAUUGUAUUUAUUUCAUUUAUGAACAUAGUUCAUUAUAGACAGUAGUGAUAGGGACAGUUUUAGCUUAUCUUUAUAAUUAUGUUCACCCCCAAAAAUGAUGCAGAAUGUACUUAAUUGAACUUGUAUCUUUCAUACCAGUCUCUCUACAAAUACAGGUUGAAACAUUAUCAAAGCUUUUUUCUGUAUUUUGGGUGGAACAGUAACCAUGGCUUACUAAUAAAAGUGAAUUUGAAGUGAACUAAUUUAGAAUUUUGACCUUUUCUUAUAAAGGUCAUUACUAAACUAUUAAUAGCAUAUGUGUGCAACAGAUAUUUGUGUAACAGAAUAAGUGAAAACUGAAAACAUGCAUUUUAAAAUAACCUUGAUUUUACACACAUUUAUAUAUAUAUACAUUUGCUUUUAAAAACUGUAUAAAGACUAUUGUAAAUAGCAUUUAUUGUACAUGGCUAUCAAAUGUACAUAGUUUUAACUUUUAAGAUAAUGUUUGUAAAUUAUUGUACAUGUUUGUAUAACAGUGGUAUAGUGCAAGUCUUUUUUUCAUGUUAGAAACAUUUUUACACAACACUAUUGACACAAAUAUAAAAUACAUUUUCACAAAGAUAUGUUACAUGUUACUAUUUUUAUGACCAGAGAGCUGUUUGGAUGCUUCAUUUGUACAAAGCAACCCUUUUUAUCAAACUUAAAUGACACAACUUUUUUGACCAGAGCUUUAAAAUUCACUCAAAAAUAGAAUAAUUUUUGUUCUGAUAUAAUCAUUCAGAGUGGACCUUUUUUCAAUGUGAAGUCAUUUUAACAAAGAUAAUGUUUGUAUUAACAAAAACACUGUUAUAUCAGUGCUGACCACAUUGGUUUGUUGGUAUUUCAAGUAGCUAAACCUUACGACAUUAUUAUUGUAAUUUUCUGUUUUUAACUAUAAUAACCAGAGCACCAGGAGUUGUGUUACAUUUAGAUAACAUAUAUUUUUACCAACUAGGGGAUACAGAAAUUAUUAUGGCUGUGAAGUGUGGGGUUGGAUACAGAAAAUAUUAUGGCUGUGAAGUGUGGGGUUAUUAUGCUGAUGCAAGUGUUUAGGAAUAAAGAUUUGAUUUAGAUGUUAAACUUAUUACUUAUACGAUUUAUGUGGGUUUUUUUGUGUUCAUUUGUCAGCACCAACCAUCUUAAGCACAAGACUAAUUGAGAGGUCCCGAGUUAGACCAUUGGUCAAGACAUUGAUUUCCGUGAUGUUUUGAUUUAAGAACAAAAAUGUGAUGUCUUUUGUCAAGCAGUUACUUGUGUGUAUUUGUUAAUGUGGGGUGGGUGGGUGGGUGUGGGGUAAGUACUGUAACAUAAUCCAAGAACGGUGCUUAAUUUAAGUGUCCACCAAUGUAAAAUUUGAUAUUCUUAAAAAAUGGCAUUGGACAUAUCAAAUGAACAAAAAUUUGAUUUAGAUAUGCAGUAACAUAAAAUUAAUAUAACGUGUUAGUGCUAUCAUUCUAAAUUCAUCAGCGGCUUAGAAUGGCUACCCAUUUUAAGCAUUUACAUUUUGUGCAGGCAUACACAAAGGCGCUGCUUUAUUGCCAUAUUUUUAUGUGUGUUAUGAUCAAUAGUACAAGUUUGUUUCCUUAUCAUAAUUGUGUGUGCAGCAUACAUAGUUCAUAUUAUCAUGUUUCAAACCAAAUUUAUCAUUGAAUUUCAUCUAAAAGUUUCACAUUUUUGAGCUUUGGAAAGAGUACUUAAUAUUUGUUGUCAUAGAGACUAGUCAAUCAUAACUUAUUUUCCAUUUUUUAUUGUUUCAUGAACAAAAUUUUGUUCACUGAAGGGGGCCGUUUCCUGGUUGUUACAUUAUGCUUCUGGACAAAAUAAAGUAAUUUUACUUUUUUAAUUAUAUAAUUGUGUUACCUUAAACAAGUAUUACUUUCAAUAUUUAGGGCUGAUAUUCAUAAAUAUGUUUGAUAUGGAUUUCAAAAUGUAAACAACAUAUCUAAAGAAAGCUUUAUAGAAUUCAAUGUAUUACUUAAAAGUACUGUAUGUUACUUUUUUCCUUCAAGUUAAAUGACACAAUAUGAGAAAAUAUCUUUGUUUGCUGUUAAAUGGCUUCCUUUAAUCAAAACAGAUUUAACUUUUAUGGAGUCUGUUCUAUUGUUACUUGUAUUCUUUAGCUUGAAACAAUCACCUGUUGAAAGUAAUUGAACUAUUUAUAGAUUUUAAUUGGUGUUAGACAUAUCUAAAUAUAUAAAUGAUGUUUAUCGGUAUUUCACUGCAGUCUGAAAAUGUUACAGAAGGAAUUUUUAAAAUUCGUUUCUAUGAGUUCAUAACAGUAUUGAUUGGAUAAAACUGGAAUACCUCAUAUAUAAUGGGUAUGUAUGCCUGUUAUAAAAUCUCUAAAGGUUGUAAAAAGUAUUGAAACUGUCCAGUUUAAAUGGAAAAUGUAAUUAUAUAUAGAUCAUUUUCUCAAUGUUUCGGUUUAUUGAAUGAUACUAACAGCAAGUAUAGGGAAAGAUAUCAGAUCUAUUAUUUAUUAAGAAUAAGUAGAAUAAGUGCUAGUUAAGAAGCAAGAGUCACUUGUUGUCUAAAAAUUGUUAUACCAUCUGAAGUAGUUAUAAGAAAUGACAUUGAUACUGUACUUUGGUGUAUCAGCUAGCUAUUUUCUUCAAAACCAUAUUUUCAUAACUUGCAAUUGGCCAAAAUUGAUAGCUUGUAUUUCAUUGGCUAAAACUUUUCUAUACAAACAGAAUGUUGUAAAACCUAUAUUUGUACAUAAAUUUUAAACUGUAUUUUAUCAUACUUAUUUCUAGCGAUUUUUAUGUGUUUACACUAAGAUUAAUUCCAGAUAUUUCUGUUCUGAUGUUUUAAUAUAAAUAGAAGUGAGUCUUAAAGCGACCUUAAAUCUACUUAAUUUUUUUUUUUAUAUAUAUAAGAGCAAAACUGUUCAUUGCUCUUACAAGACAGCGAAACUAACCACUACUUAAAGUACUGUUGUUUAUAUUUUGUUGAAACUGCCUUAUAACUACGCAUGGCUAGAAAAUAGAAAAUAUGGAGUGCAAAAUAAUUACACUAUUGGUUACAAACAAAAAUACAUAAUCAAUUUGAUGGAAACCAGUAUGUCAUUACUGUAACAGAAGACAUCACUGCUGAAAAGUAAAAUAGUCGCUCUUGAACUAAAGUUGAAUUUACAUUCUGAACAACAGGUUGCCAAUGUUAUAACUGAAUAUACUAAGUUACCUAUACUUCUUUUCUGGUAUCCACUUUGUAUGUAGUGUUUAAGACAGGUUUUAUUUCUUGGCAAGCAACUUGUACACAUGAUGCCGUAUUUCUGAGAAUAUUUUAGAAUCAGGCUAAAAUAUCUAAGAAGUUGUUUUAAGGCUUUUUACUGCCAGUGUCAGUUCAGUUUCGUGUAGCUUUGUAGGAGGACUUUUGAUGUGGGGUAACAAAACAGUUGCCAUGAAUGCCUAUGGUUGAUUUGAACUGUUCAGGGCAAUUUAUAUGUCUGAAUUGAAAACUAUUUCAGUAUUUCAUUUCCAGUGGAAGUAAAGAUUACAAAAUGAGAAUAAUUUCGGUCAAAGUUGUAAGAAUAUUAGUGCUAAAAGUAUGAAUUCACAUAAAAGAAUAGUAACAUAUAAACUUUUUGUUACAUAUUGACGCAGUGUCACUAUUUGCACGUAUUUGAUUCUUGCAAAUACUUGUUGUAUUUAACUCCCAAUUUUGAGGGCAACUUAAGUCAGCUUUGCAUUAUAUGUAUAGUGGAUCAUUGUCAAUUUGUACCAAAAAGUCUUCUUUUUCAAAUCAUCACCAAACUUUGUAUGUUGUUUACAUUAGAAUUACUGUCCUGUUACGGUGAUCUGUGUGAGGUUUAUCACUACCAAACUUUGUAUGUUGUUUAUAUUAGAAUUACUGUCAUUUUACGGCGAUCUGUGUGAGGUUUAUCAAAACCAAACUUUGUAUGUUGUUUAUAUUAGAAGUAUUGACGUUUUGCGGCGAUCUGUGUGAGGUUUAUCAAUACCAAACUUUGUAUGUUGUUUAUAUUAGAAGUAUUGACGUUUUGCGGCGAUCUGUACAAAGUUUGGUUCGGUAUGUGUUCAGUAAUGUGUGAAUCUCUCUAACGACCAUUAUUUUGCUACAUGCUAUAUUUGUAUGAAAGCUGCUAAAUGAUGGAGUAAUUGCAUUUGAUCAUUUAUUUAUGAAAUAUUCGAAAUAAAAAUAUGAAACCAUGA